AAAAAUGGAUUUCUCCCCGGAAGAUUUGAUCCUCAAACGGCCAAGUACAAAAACAAAAUGGAGUCUAAAUUCUCGCAAAACCUCUAGUAAAGAGAAUCGGAAAAUUUACUCCUCCAAGCAGUAUAGGGUCGGCUCAUUGGGCAAUUUGGAGGUGGUUCAGCAACAGGUUACUAAGUUUAAAGUAUCUCCUUCAACAUCUAACAAGAAGAGGAGGAUUUAUCUCCCCGUGGAGAAUACUCCUGCUCAAAAGGCAAAUUUCACUCAAUCCCAAUUCCUGCAUUCAAUGAAGGAAAGCAGCAUGACUACAAAUCAGUAUAGGAAGGUUAAACGAAAGUCUAAUCUAGUACAAACUGUCCAGAUUAAGAAUAGACAAAUAGCUAAAUAUGAGUCAGAAAUAGAAAAUCUGAAAUAAGCUCUAUAGAAACAAAACUCGUAUCGAGAGUGAAAGACUCAAAAGAUUCUAUGCAACAAUUAAGCCUAAAAAGUCCUACGAACGGAAGUAAUCUUGAGCAGAAGGAAAUCCCGGAGCUGAAACAGUUACUUAUCGAACAAGUCAAGGCAACUUUUGAGUUGAACCAGAAGCUCACUCAACGAGAAAAUACUCUGAAUAAGAUAAUUGAGAUAUACCAAGCCAAGGUAGAUGUCGGGGAAUCUCUGAAACUCAGUUCUUGAGACCUGGAGAUACUCCAAAAACCUGUGCUUGAGUUAUUCAAAGAAGUGAAGACUUUAUCAAUGGCUGAAGCAAAGUUAAACAAAUAUACUAUCUAUGUAAAUAUUUUUGUUAAUUUAUGAGAAUGCUAAUCUGGAACAGAAGCUUAAGGAAUCUGAACAGAAAGUCACCAACCUCAAAAUUGACAUGAAGGCAUUAAGAGGUGAAAAGAUAAAUUUGCAAUCCAAAAUCUCAAAUUUAGAAGAAAAAUUUGCCCAGAGCCGGACAGAGAGAUCAGAAAGGCAGAUGGGCCAGAAUCCGAGGAGUCUUGCAUCGCGAUUUGAGGAGAGUAAGAUGCUUAAUGCGAAUCUGACGAACCUGAGGAUAGAUCUCAACCCUGAAAAUACAGGCUGAUAGAUAUCAAAAUCAGCUUGAUCAAACC